AUUUUAAAGUCGAAUGGUUUUAAGACUAAUUAAAUGAAUCAACGACUCGUGAGUACAAUGAAAUUCAGAUGCUGUUUUUUAACACGUUUUUGAAGAAAAAGAACUUCAACAUUGUUUUCAAUUUGAAAUACCUACAACUUGGUAACAGAGGUAUAACAUCACUGAAGAAAGUUAAAUUGGCAACAAAGUUAGUAGUUUGUUUCCUUUGCAGUGAACAUCUAACCUCUUUGUUCUUGUGAUUCAAAGUUUGGUAUCUGCUUUUGUUUGGUAAUGGUUAUUUAUGUUAACUUGGGGAUCCUUUAUUCAAACUGUGCGAUUUUUUCGCUUGUUUUUCAAUUGAUUUAGUGUUGGUGAGAUAUUCAAUUUUGAGUUCUCCUAUGUCUCGGUAUGCAAGAGACAGAUCCAGAAGUAAAUCCAGGAGCAAUACACCCAGGCCUUUGAGUUCCAGGGUUUUAGAAGAUGACGAUUUGGAGGAAAAACAUCAGGUUUUUAAAGGCCCAGAUGAGGGCACGAAAAAAAUCUUUGAUGUCAAGGAUCUGAAAAAGAUUACUGUAAAUAUUAUAAGAAAAGUACCUCAAAAGAAAGGUCAGGAAAAACCGAAAAUAUUGUUCGAUCCUACAACAGUUGCACCUGUUCGACGGCCUGAUGAAGGAAAACGGCCUAUAUUCGAAAGGAAGGAAUUAUUGGAGUGGUCUACUCAGGGGAAGUCAGAAGAAAAACCGAAGGAAACUACUUCAUUAAAAAUACAGAAAGAUAAAAAGAAAGCCAGAAGUGAAACUCCUAGCUCUGACGAGAGAAUUAGGAAAAAAGAGAAAACUUCACCUAGGAAACGGAAUACUUCUCCAGUUUCCUCUCAUAUCAAAAUUAGUUCUACUGGAGGAGAACAUUCCAAGAGCAAAAUAAAAGAGGAAAGAGAGAGUUCAAAAGAUACCAAUGAUCGUUACUCUGGGCACCACAGUGCAUCAGAGAGUUCCAGACAGAAAGACGAUCAUGACUACAAACAAAAAUCAGAACGACGCUAUGUUGAAAAGUAUGAGAGAGAUAGGAAUCCUUCGCCUGACAGAAGCAGAAGGAGGUCUAGGAGUAGAGAUCGGUACAGGAGCAGAUCCGGUUCCUACAAUCGUAGGCAUCGGAGAAGUAGAUCAUAUCGCUCCCGUUCGAAUUCUCGUUCUCGCUCGUACUCAAGGUCUCGUUCAUAUUCUCAUGAUAGAAGGUCCAGGUCUCGAUCACAUGGACGUCGACGAUCGCGCUCACGGGAAAGGAGGGGUCGUUCCAGAUCAAAGCAAAGAGUUAGGACAUUUAUUGAAGAAAGGGAAUAUCUUAAAAUGAUAAGAAGAAAAAUGAAGGAGAGAGACGAUAAAAGGUUGAAAGAAGAGAGCAUGCGAUUGCAAGAGAAAAAGGAAAAACCCGAAGAAAAGGAAAAUCCUAAAAAAGAAAUUGCAAAGUGCACUGACAGGAGUUUGGUGACGUCGACGCCGAGGGUGAGGCAACCAAGAAAUAGACAACCGAUGUUCCGGCCUCCUCCUAUGAUGCCAUACCCCAUGCCGUACCCACCUGUUCAUCCCAUGUUUAGGCCACCACCUUUCAGGCCUUAUCCACCGCCAUACCCUCCUCAAAGGUUCUACCAAGAACUUCUACCAAUCGUCAAGGUUUCGUGUUGCCGCCAUCCAGUUGCGCACUCUAAGGAUGUUCCAAACGUCAGCUGCAACUUCGUCUAUCCAUCUAUGCUUCUUCCCAUUCCAUAG